AUGGGUUCGGGCAGGAAUCCGAAACGUCAGGCUAGUAAAGGUCUUGUCCCAGCGAUCUUGUCUUCUUCAAAAUCUGAAACAGCACUCUUUCUCUUCCUGCUCCUCCUCCCCACCGCCCCACUCGCCGGACUGGCAGGUGUGUCCGCUCACUCUGGCAGCCUGAAAUGUUCGUUCCCUUUUAGACAAUGCGCGGAGCAACCGAACGGAACGGAGGUCGGCGCUAGCGGCUCGGGAACUGACGCGUUGCAAGGUUGACAUCGCCACAUUCAGCGAGACCCGGUUCUCCGAACAAGACCAACUGGAGAAGGUGGAUGCGGGCUACAUCUUCCUCUGGAGCGGUCGCCCCAGGGCAGAGCGACGGGACGCAUGCGUCGUCUUUGUCAACCAGAAUGACAUCGUGGGACGAAUGCCCUGUCUGCCGCAGAUCAUCAAUGAGCGACUGAUGAGCCGGCGCCUGCCUCUCCAAGGAGGAAAAUUCGUCUCCAUCGUCAGUGUCUACGCUCCCCCGAUGACCAGCCCUGUCGCCGCAAGGGACAAAUUCUACGGGGACCUACACACCCUCAUGACGUCGGUGUCAAAGGCGGAUAAGUUGAUUGUUCUUGGAGACUUCAACGCUCGAGUCGGCACAGACCAUGCUGCCUGGAGAGGAAUGCUGGGUCCCAUAGUCUCGAUGGCUUCAAUGACAAUGAUCUGCUCCUCCUACGAGCCUGCAUAG